GUCGUGUUUGAAAACCUCAGCUGCUACAUCAAUACCACAGAGGCUCUGUUGAACUUGUCGGAUCACCUACACGGCGACAGAUUCAAUGGAUCGCUCUGUACCAAAGACCUCUUCUACAGUGGGUCAUUCCCUUUGGAGCCAUGGAACUCACCACGGUUGGAUGGCAUGAAGUUUGUCGGCCUCUACCUGUGUCAGCCCGCUGAGUCGUCUCCAGUGAAUUGCAGCGACGAGCCGGUUAACUUCAGCAGCGACGAGCCGGUUAACUUCAGUACGGUCCCUCUGCCUGUGAAGCUCGUGUACGAAGAGAAGAUGAGUCCGAGAGAGACCGUCACUACACGUGCGUCAGCAAUGCACACAGGCGCAGCAUUGGCGCUGAUGGCACCCGAACAGCGGGAAGAGGUGUGGAAGCAGUUCAGCGGCGAGGACAUCGUAGUCGGCCACAGAACAUAUCGUGUCCAUGGCGAAGUCGCUGAGCUUGUGGAGGUGAUGAAGACGGCCAUUGAUCUGUCGGAGAAAUUGGCAGCAAGCGUGGAGAGGGCCAGCGAGGAAUGGUGGAAGCGCAAGACUGGAACGGAGACCAAGGGGGCGUGCUUCUCCAUGAACUUCCGCCACACCCGCUUAGGGAUGAAGGGCCUGCCGAUCGCCCACGUUGAUGCAACAAGUGUGAGUGAGUGGUUCAAGGAGGGUGGCGCCUUUCCUGCUUCCGCCCUCAAAGGAUUUGAGGCAAAGCUGGGCAUGAACGUUUCCGAGGCAUUGACGCACGCUGUUGUGACCUUCAAUGAGUGGGUGAACGCGGGCUCCGACCCCAUCCACGAGCUCCCCCUGACGAUCUUGGACACGUCCACGCUUGCCGAGGAGGAUCUGGAGACUGCCUGGGUUCAGGCGUCUUUGGAUUCCAUGAGCCUGAGAUAUUCACCGAAGCAGAGGCAGCCGGUUUCGGGUGAGGGGAUGGCGAGGGGUUGGUCUAGGGUCUAG